GUACCCAGAGAAUAAACGACAGAGGUUAUUUCAAUCAGGUCGCAACUUCAACACUCAUAUAAAGCUUUCCAACACUUUAUACUUUUCGUUUUUUCAUCAAAAUGAGGAAACAGACCGGUGCAAUGCGAACUUUAAGAACUUUCUCUUCUAUCGUCUUUAUCUUAGGAUUUCUUUCUUUCGCUGAUGGAUACUUCAAAGCUCCUGGAAUGAAAAAAUUGAACACUCCUUUCGAUCAUUUACUGCGCAAAGGACCGGCCCAUUUAGACACUGAAAAAGAUUGGGAAGAACAACCUCCUUUUAGAAAAGAUUUUUAUUCUUGGAAAACACCAGAAACGUAUUCUUUCUACCACAGACCAGAACAUCAGAAUCAAUAUAACGAACAACCAGCUGGAAAAUCUUACUUUACCAACGAUAUGUCUUUCAACACGCACCGGAUACCUGGAGUUUCAAACUCAGUCUUUAAAACCAAUGGUCUUUCGAAUCUAAUGAGCUAUGGUGUUGGAUUACCUACAUUUUUGCACCGAGAACCAAUUUUUCCGAGUUCUGUAACAAGCAGUAAUUAUCAAGAAAACCAACCACAAUCAUUUGAACUUGAUGAAAGAUUACCCGAAUCAAAUGAAUCUUUGGGGAAUGCAGACAAAGCAGAAGAAAGAGUUGUUGGAGGAAGAGAUGUUCAUGAUGGCGAAAUACCUUGGCAGGUAUCUUUACAAAGAAAAUCAAUGAAAAGUGGACGCAUUUUUCAUAUUUGUGGAGGUUCUAUCUUGAAUAGAGAAUGGAUUGUGACUGCAGCCCAUUGCGUUGCUCUGGCUUUGCUAUCGAAUUACAGAGUUGUUGCGGCCACAACUAAUUUAAAAGAUGAAAAUAGAAUAAAGUCACUCCAUGGAGGUGAUUAUCAAAUCCAUAAGGUUGUUGAUGUUCAGAUUCAUGAUUCUUUUGAUAUGUUUCGUUUCCGAAAUGAUAUAGCACUAAUCCGAGUUGACCCUCCGUUUGAAUUUAGUAACAAAGUUCAAGCUAUAUCUUUACCAUCUUCUGGUCAUCGAGCUUCAGGGAUUGCUUAUGCUUCUGGUUGGGGAUUGACUCAAGAAGGUGUUCGAGUAACACCAAGCAGACUACAAGCAGUUGAAUUACCUAUUGUAAAUGACCAUGAAUGCCGCCAGGCUUAUGGAGAUAACUUAGCUGAAACUAUGAUUUGCGCCGGUUACAAACAAGGUGGAAAAAGUGUUUGUCAGGGUGAUUCGGGUGGACCCUUAUUUCAAAAACAUGGUGGUCAUGAUGUUUUAAUUGGUGUUGUUUCAUGGGGUGUUGGAUGUGCAAGACCUGGUAAACCUGGAGUCUAUACCGAAGUGGCUCAUUAUGUUGGAUGGAUACAGGACAUCACUGGAGGCAGCAGUCGGAAGAACAUUGUAUAAAAAUAUAUUGUGACAUUUUCCUUUCACUAACAUGCUAUAUUUGCGAAAAGUCAUACGCACAAAUGUAUGAGAAGGAAAUAAUAUUAACAAAUCUGUUUUUGAGAAAUCAGAUUUAUUUGAGUGUGAAGUUGAUAGAAAGGAUUUUUCCCACUAAUUUUUGUUAUAAUUUAAGUUUUUAAUUGUAAGUCUUUCAUUUUUAAAUUGUAUGUUUUUAUCAUUGUUUGCAAAAGUAUAAAAAUAAAAAGCCGAUGAAGAAGCUUAGUCCCGAACUCCGUAAAGCUUGCAAUAAAUAGCAAGAAGAGUUUUGGUUAAGUACAAUCGCAUAAAUUACUGUUCUAUAUAUGGAAACCAUAAAAGGCUUCAUAUAGAUAAAGAUUUACCAAUUUAUAUGCUAACUGUUUUACUUUAUAAAUUAAAGCAAGUUUUAAUCAUCAGUACUGCUAUGAUGACUCCACGGUACAAUACGUUAAUAAAGAACGGUUAAAGUUAAGAAAAAUUGAGUUUUACAUCAUUGAAUUUUAAAUUUUCAGAAAAUUAAAUUUUGAUGCAGUAUUUUGCCUUCCAAGAAUUACAUCCCAUUUAAGAUAAUUAUAAAAUCAGGUAGUCCUUUUAAUGUUUCAUCAUAGUUCAUUGAAUUUUUAUUACAUAUUUUUUUAUUUAUUAACAAAAUAAAAAGAAUUUACGCUGCAUACUUUGUCUUCAAACAUUUAAAAAUUGUUUUUUUAUAUACAUAAAUUUACCCAAAAUUUGAAAUAAAGAGUUUUAGUAUUUCUGUACAGUGGAAAUGCAAAGUCAGUAAAUAAACUUGAUAUUAACUAUAAAAAAAUUAGCCUAAGUAAAUGAUAAUAACCGAAAAUCCUUAAGGAAGUUUCUACAUGAAAGAUCUAAAUGAACUGAUUAACUUGAACAUAAACAAAUACUCUUAAAAAGCAUUUUUUUAGAUUAAUCAAAAAUGCAUCAUAACUGAACAGAGAUAUAAAAAAAGUAUAUAUUUCAGUCCUAUUACAAUCACGUUUCUAGAAAAAAAGCAAAAGAUGCCUGUCUCUUUUUUAUUUCUUGGUAGUGAGACAUGUUUGUGUCUGUCAAAUAAGUAUCAUAAUCAUUUAAAUGCUGCAUUGAUCUUCCUAUUAUAAAGUAACUUGGGAAAAAUUUAUUAUUUAUAGCAAAAAAACAAUUUAUAAUACUUUUUUGGAGAAAAUUCUUUUUCAUUCUUUCCAUGAUUCAUUAAAAGGAAAAAAAAUAACUCAUUAUUUAUGUCAAUCAAAAUUAUAUCACAAAACUUAAUCACCGAGACAAAAUCAAUUUUCGCUCUUCCCAUAAUUCAUUGUAGGAAAAUGAGCUUUAGUUCUUUAGUAAUUAAAAAUAAUUCAUUUAACAAGGAAGAAAGUAGAGUUAGUUCUAUAUCACUUUUCUCAUGCAUUUUGAGAAAAACAAGUAACUAGUUAGUUAAUCAAAUAACUAGUAAGCUAAUCAUAUGUUUUCACAUUUAUUUUCAAGGACUUAAUCAUUAGAGAUGGAACUAUAAUUGAGUUAUAACUCGUUUAUCAAAUUACUAACUUGUAACAGACCGAUCACGUUAAUUUUUUUUUAAUUUUUAAAUUCAAACUUUCAAGAUACAUCUGCGUUUAAAUUU